CCCGAAGGUUGAGCCCGGGCCGCAGUGGAGCCAAGGAGCUCCCGUGCUUCCUACGGUGUCCCCUGCCUCUGCCCGCAAUUUCCUCCCUGCUCAGCCAUCGCUCGGUCCUUGAACCCAGCAUGUCUCCCUGCGUCCGGGCUUGCGUCUGACAUCUCAGCGGGGAGCCCCGGUGCCCCGGCCCUGCACCCUCUGGCCGGUUCUCCGGUGGGCUUUCCCCCAGUUUUCACCGAUACGUGUCCCACCCUGUCCACCCGCCCCUGCCCCGGCAUUCUCACCCGGUCACUUGAUGGAGUGACGUGUGCCAUCGCUGUGGCAGGACUACUCCACGGCACGUGGGGACUGAAGCUGGACAGCUACGGAGGCCGACGGUCACACGGCUCCUUAGACGGGAGGCCUAGGACCCAGGACGAGCAUGUCACGGUGAAGGCGGAGGCCUGACCGUCCUCCAGCCACCAGGCCCGCCGACCAGCCUUCGGGAGCGGGUCCCCUCGGAGACAGCACCCCGGGACAUUUUGGAGCGCCCAGAGCCCGCCGGUCAGGGGAGCACGGCGGGACCCUCCUGAGCUCCGGCCUCCCCAGCAUGGACCAGUACUGCGAGGCCGUCAACCGUUCCGGCAACGACACCACAGGGAUGUCUCCGGGGGCGCGGAUGACCGGCCAGGUGCUCCUCCGGUCCAUCACGGUGGUCGUGGCCCUCUGCGGGUUGGUGGGAAACGGGGCCGUAAUCUGGCUCAUCCGCGCGUCCGUCAGGAAAAACCCCUUCUCUGCCUACAACCUCAGUCUCGCCGCGGCGGAUCUCAUGCAUCUGUGCUCGCAGAUCGUGUUCUGCGCACGCCAAAUCCUGAAGCCCUUCCUCCACCGCUGUUUUCACCUUCCCGGCAUCCUUAUGGUCCUCAGGUUCUCGUCCUACUUCACUGGCCUGGGUGUCAUGACCGCCAUCAGCCUCCAGCGAUGCCUCUCCGUCCUCUUCCCUAUUUGGUACCGGUGCCACUGCCCCAGGCACCUGUCGGCCGGCGUGAGCGCCCUCCUCUGGCUUCUGACCUUUCUGAUGAACAUUCUGAGAGGCCACGCCUGCGGCCAGCUGUCCAGCCCGACCACUCGCUUCUGCCCUGCGCUUGUGGCUAUCACGGACGCGUGGGUCGCCGUCCUCUUUGUCACCAUGGGCACAUCCAGCCUGUUGCUACUCCGCCAAGUCCGCGACAGCGCCCGCCUUCACCUGCCCAGAAGGCUCUACCUGGUUGUCCUGCUGACCGCCCUGGUCUUCUUUCUGUGCGGCGUGCCCCUCAGCGUCAUCAGGUUCCUGAUAUGGAAAGUGGAAAGCCAGGCUCUCAAUGACGUCAGCGUCCUCCUGUCUUGCGUCAACAGCACCGCGAACCCUGCCGUUUACUUCUUCAUCGGCGGCCUUCGGGGGCGGCCGCCGAAGGCGCCCCUCGCGGGGGUCUCUGGAGGACCCCAGGGGAAGAGACAGAGCCCGGGAGAGGCGCCGGCCCCGCCCAACGGAGAGGGCGCCCCCUGAUGGGUGGCGAUGCCCUGGUGCGAGUCACGCCUCCCCGGCAGCAGGAAGGAGAGCCCCCGGGUCAAGCCCCGGCGGGCCGAGUCCUGCGACAGCCUCCCCUUUAUAGGAAAACCGAGGACAGACGGCCAGAGCAGACUCCCCGCGUGAAAAGGCGCAUCUUCGGGCCCGUUGCAGCCCGCUGCCAACUUGACCUUCCGAAGUGUGUCGAGGGGACCGAUGGAGUCACGCCUGGCCACGGCAGACAGUCGCUGCUUCCAGGCUUUGCCUGACCGCGACAAGACUGGAAGUUUUCAGCUUUGCGCAAGUAACGCGGCUAAAAUUCUUCUGGGCGCGGGUCGGUCCUUUGCAAAUGGCGUGCCCUUGUCCUUCGUCCAUUGUUCUGGCAUGUUCUAGGGUCUCACGACACUUUUUCUUCCCAGACUUCUGAGGGAUUCACCCUGCUGGAUGCAACGUCUUCCCAAACUCUGCUUUGGUCUUUAGAAUUCCACUGAAACGAAUCUUAGUGGACCGAGUUCUGCCUGGAUGGGCCACACAAGGCCGGUCCUGGGCUUGGCUGCUUCAAUAAACCCUUGGUGCCGGGA